CCUACCAAUUAACUCUUUCUGUAAAAGUGUACAGUCUUUUUUAGCGUAGAAAUGCUGAACAGCUUAAGAAUCUUUGAAUGUAUUAUAUAGAGAUACAUGAAUGUAAGCAGAGGGACAGAAGUUCUUGCUGUGCAUCAAAUGCUCUGUAUGUACCAAAUUUUGAAAGUGAAUCAUUAAGAAGUUUUUCUAUCAGGAAGCAAUGCCAUAAAUAAACCAGCAUGAAGUGUACCAGAAGCGAAGGAUAGGAUAAUAACUUCUAUUUUGAUGUUUUCUACUACUUCCAAAAACCACCCAAACCCAUCCCCCCAAAAGCAAAUAGAAGGGCCUGUUUUGCAAGGACAGCAUGUUGUUCAUCAUGGGGUUCUCAAGUGUCAUUUUUGAUGAGAUGCUGAAUAAUGGACAGUGAAGUGGGGUACUCUGAGCAGCAAAUGAGUUGUCUUCUGAUCCCUAACUUAUAUUUUAUCAGCAUUGAUCCUUACCAAAUAACUAUUUCCCAGGUGGACACUUAAGAUCAGCCAAUUAGCAUACAUGAGCAUCUGUCGGUACGAAAAAACACCUGAAAGUGCUCAAAUGCCAUUGUAAACAAGAGGAAGCCCUGCAUCACAGUUUCAAUGUUCAAGAUUUUUUGUGAGAGACACAAAGGCCUUUCGACAUGUCAAAGUCAAAUGCAGCUAUAGUUGGAGGUGCUGUAGGGAUGCUUGCAUUUUUGGCAAUAGUCAUUUUCCUUGUGUGGUUCUGCAAGACACAGUGUAAAAACCUUUCAAACAAGAAUUCAGAAACAGGUUCUUCGGAUCCAUCUGCACUAGUGGAGUGGAAUAGGGAAGGGGGACCAAGUUCAGCAGCAGCUCCAUCUGGACCACACGGAGACAAGUUCACAAUUAUGGAAUUAGAGCAAGCCACCAAGCAAUUCAGUGAGAGCAAUCUCAUCGGUUUUGGAAGUUUUGGUCCUGUUUAUAAAGGUUUGCUCCGUGAUGGGACUCUUGUAGCUAUCAAAAGGCGUCCAGGUUCUCCUCAACAAGAUUUUGUUGCACAGGUCAGUUAUUUGUCAGAGGUUCGGCAUCGCAAUUUAGUUACUCUUCUUGGUUACUGCCUGGAAAGUGGAUCUCAAAUGCUAGUUUUUGAAUAUGUAACAAAUGGAAGCAUGUGCAAUCACCUAUAUGAUACUGGAAUAGAGUCAUCAACUAAAAUAGAGUUCAAGCAAAGGAUAUCCAUAGCUUUAGGGGCUGCUAAAGGUUUGUGCCACUUACAUGGCCUAAGACCUCCCUUGGUGCACAAUAACUUCAAAACAGCAAAUGUCUUGGUUGAUUCGAACUACGUUGCCAAGGUUUCAGAUGCAGGGGUGUCAAAACUACUUGAAAUGAUUGAAGAAGCAGGUCCAUCUCACAUGUCCAGUGCCAAUGUUUUCCGAGAUCCAGAGGCAGGAGUAUCAGGGACCAUCUCUGUAAUGAGCGAUGUGUACAGCUUUGGGGUAUUUCUUUUGGAGCUUGUGACUGGACAAGAGGCUUUGCAUAUUGACUCCUUGGGAUCUAAUGAAAGUUUUUUCCAAUGGGUGGAAUCACGAUUGAGUUUAAAUGAUUUUGUGGACCGUCGACUAGCUGGAGGCUUCACCACUGACGGAAUGAGAGAUUUGAUCAGGCUGACACUAAAUUGCAUGAGCUUUCCAGGAAAAAGGAGACCAAAAAUGGAAAUGAUUGUGCACGAGCUUGAAAGGAUACAAGAGAAAGAAAUGGCAAUGACCACAGUCAUGGGUGAGGGUACUUCAACAAUUACUUUAGGGAGCGAUCUAUUUACAUCAUAAUGAUGAGAGGAAAAAAGUUUGUUGGUGUUUCUUAUGUUUGAGCUAAGCUUAAGCUAAUAAUACCACAAACAAACAACAAGCUGUUUAUAAAUUAUUCUGGGAGGCACAAAGUUAGUUUAAACUGCUGCAAUUAAAAUGAUAAGUGUAAGUAUGAUUUAUGAAGUUAAUGAAUGCAAAAGUUUCAUUUAGAAGGUUA